AUGUUCUACCAAACUGACUCGGCACAAAGGACACGAGGUGCGAUAUCUCGUCAGCCACGGAUCCACACAGGCCGGAUGAAAAAUGUGUUCGCAAGGAAGCGGGCGGACGUCCUCAUCAUCCCUGAGCUGUUCCAUGCAAAUAGAACACAGGCUCGGGUCCGGGGCGUCGCACUCUGCCCCAAGGGCUUGCUUUCCACGGUGCAGUGUCCUCCAGAUACUGAGCUUGACAAGCGGGAGCUGUUUGUCGAUAUCCGUAUCGGCGAUUAUUGUCCUUCCCGGGAAGUAGAGGUCUCUGCGGAGCCAUGUUUCUCGCUCCCUGCAUGCGACAACGAGAUAGAUGAUGUCAUACAGACCAGACGAGGAGGACUAGAAACACAACGAUCGGAGGCGCAAUAUAUCCCAGAGGCUAAGAAACGCAAAUGCUACACGAAGGAAAAUUUUAAUGUCACCCUUUUGAUCUCGAGACUUCAGAAGUUCCUUGACUAUUCAAGCAAGUCAACAUCCUCAUCGCCCCCGAGGGGCCAAGAGCCAACCCCGCAGCGUGAUCCCAAGGACAAGAAAGAAGGUUUCAGCGUCUACAUGUACAGCUACGUGAGCCUGGCCACUCUCGCCAGCGGAGCGAACCUUCAACAGCCCUGCCGCACAGACUGGCGGCUAAGCCACGUUUACCUCUGGGUUCAGCCGUCACUUGUCACGGGAGGCAUUACGCACCAAUGGGAGUGUCCUACAAAGGGCGACGCCAUCCACAAAUCAUGCUAG